GAAAGAAAAGGAAAAAUAAUGUUUCCUGUAUUUGGUACAAAUAACUACUACUCCGUACACGGGAAGUGGAAGUAAAUGAAUGGAAUUGAAAGGAAAGCUCCUUUAUAAAAAUUUCACUUUCCUUUCCUCCCAAAAUUGGAGGAAUUUGGAAGGAAAGAGAAAAUUAAAAGCUGUCAUUAUAUUUCCUUUCUCUUCCAUUCAUUUCUUUCCGUUAAACCAAACACAGGAAAAUAAAAUCUAUUUUCCUUCCCUUCUUUUCCCUUUCUUUCUUUUUUCUUCCUUUCCUUUACUAAUAAUGAAUCAAAUAGGACCUAAUAAUCAUGAAUAUAUGCAUGAUCUUACUAAGUACGUACGCAUGCAGUAGUAUAUAUAUAUAUUUUUAUGUCGCCAGUUGAUUUGGAAUGACAACCAAAGAGAAAAAAUGAAAGGAUUCAAUUCGGUAAUUAUAUUUAGAAUGAGUGUUUUAAAGAAGCUUUGGUUACUAAUAAUGGCAAUAAUCCCAAGUUGGAUUUUAAACACCCCGUUAUUUCUGUAUCUGAAAAAGAAACAAAGACAAGCACAGAAAGAAGCAUUUGUAAAAAUGCUUUCAUCAACCUUUAGGUUUGAUGACAUUAUUGAAGAUGGUGAUGUUAAGCUGCCAAAGGGGCUUCAACCCGAGUUGAUGCCCCGACACGUGGCUGUGAUAUUGGAUGGGAGUAGGAGGUGGGCUAAGAAGAGAGGAUUUCUCCCUGUUGAGGGCUAUGAGGCUGGUGUUGCUGCUUUAGGGGAGUUUCUUCUUUUGUGUCAAAGAUGGAAGAUUCCUAUUGUCUCGCUUUUUAUGUUCUCCUCUGAGAAUUGGCUUCGCCCUAAGGAGGAAGUUGAUUUCUUGUUCGAGCUAUUCGAAGGAUCUUUAAGGUAUUAUUUACUACGCACUUGUCGUAGAUUUGGCGGACGAGUAUCAGUGAUUGGAGAUACAUUUACACUACCCAAUUCUUUACAAAAAGCAAUUGAAGAAAUAGAAGAGCAAACAAAAGACAACAACAACGGAAUUCAUCUUGUUUUAGCAAUAAGUUACAGUGGCCAAAAUGAUAUAUUACAUGCUUGUCAAAUCAUUGCAACAAAAGUCAAAGAUGGUCUUCUUCAACCUGAGGAUAUAACCAAAGCUUUCUUUCAACAACAUCUUCAAACUAAUGUUACCGACAUUCCAUUACCUGAUUUGAUCAUUCGAACCAGUGGCGAAUUACGAAUCAGUAAUUUCUUUCUUUGGCAAUCAGCUUACAGUGAGAUGUAUUUCACUGAUACACUAUGGCCUGAUUUUGGAGAAUGUGAAUUUGUUAAGGCAUUACGCUCUUAUCAGAAAAGAGCAAGACGCUUUGGCAAAGCAUGAUAGCAAUCAGUGGCGUAUCCAGCAUUUUAAAAUAGGGUAAACACUAUUCAGACUAUACUAUGUACGUACUACGUAUAUAAUAAAAUAAACUAGUUAUGGUGUAUAUUCAGA